GGGAAAUUGGGCAAUAAUUGAAUGGAUAGCAGAAAAGAGAUAUUUAGCAAGUCGGGAUUUUAUAUUACAAUGCUGCCUUAUUUUGGAUAUUAUAAGAAUUGGAAGAAGCUUAUGAUAAGCCUUAGCAAACAGAGUAGACUGUUUUGGAAGAAUAACAUGGUGGCGAUGAGGACAUUGGAUAAGAUGAAGUUCAGGGACACAACUGAAAUCAUAGAGAUUCUUGGAAAGUUUGGGAUCCAAGCAGACAUCACUUUUGACAAAAAAUUGAGGAUUAAAUUUCUAAUAUCAUCAAAUUCCAGAACAGAGGUAGAGUUGUCAAAAGCUUUGGAAGAUAAAGCACUUACAAGCUGAGAUACCGUUAGCUUUGAUUUUUGUGAUAACAGCUUAAAUGAAAUCGCAUUUUUCAUCAUUAUUGCUCAAAAGUGUAUUACUCAAGCAAGGGUCCUGCAAUUCGAAAAUCUCUUAUCCAUAAAUGGACAUUUAAGAGGCAUUCUAAGCUUAAGGAAUUCAGACGUGCUGAAUGGUUUUCUCAAAGAAAAUACUCUUGCUAAUAAAAUUACUGAAAUGAAGUUUAAAAAUUGCUUGCCAAGUUUCUUCCUGAUCUGAUUCAUCUAUGAUAUGGGCUUCAUCCAAACUACCUUAGAGUAUACAACCUUGACUUCUGAUCAGUUGAGAAGAGUCCAGAAUUAUUCAAAAACUUUUCCCAAAAGUACAAUUCCCAAAAAAAGAUCGAUCAUAUUUCAUGUAAACGGCUGUAAAGAUAUUCCAAAAGAAAGAGAGCAAUUUAUAAAUGAACUGAUGGAGAUGAGAAUAUUUAUUCUAAUGGCAAACAACAGUAAAACUUUCAAUCUUUCUUAUCGUUUUGACUCAUAA